CUGGACUGAAGAAGGGCAGUUGUUGGAGCCCGAUGAAUGUUUAUAGACUGCCUCCCUGCCCUCCUGGAGCUUCCAUUCCCUGGUGUCCAGGUGAAGGAGCAUGCCCCCGACAUCCGAGGAAGCCAAAUUACAGGACCAGGGAGUGGGCACAAAGGAUAGAACCGUUUUGUCCUUCACUGUAGCAGAGGGGUCAUUGAUUUGAUUAUCAUCCAGGAAGGGGAGGUAGAAGGUUAGCCUCCUGGUAACAAGCAGAGGUCCUGGCCUUGGGCCUGCUGGAUGGCCGAAGCAGCAUUUGGUGGUGCGGGCCAGGCUGGUUUGCCACGGAUGACUCACUCCAGGGCUGCAAGUCCUGUAACACCGCAGUCUCCCAGGAGCUGAGACUGAGUAUCACUUAGAAGGCAAUGAAGAGGCAUAGAGUGGGCAGGCUGCAGCACAGGACCAUGAAUUCCAAAGAAGAGCCAGAGUCAAGGAUCUCACCCAAGAAGCCUAUCACCUCAGAGUGAGAGGUGCCCGAUGGGCUCCACUGGCACCUUACCCAAGAAGCCUAUCACCUCAGAGUGAGAGGUGCCCGCUGGGCUCCACUGGUACCUGACAAUGGCAAGAGAAGGCAAGGAAGCCCCCAUCCAUGCAACAUUGGGUAGACCCUUGUGUCCAGCUCCGUUGAAGGACAUGCACAAAUGUUAGCCAAGACAAGCAGGUGCAGAUGGGCUACAAUUUACAUCAAGCUGGAAGGAACACCCACAUCAAUGAGAGUAUUUUAACUAUAGUGGGUCAGUGUUUAUAAAGGACUUUCCCAAACAUCUCCUUGACUAGCUGGGUGAAGGACCUAGAGGAAGACUUCCAAUGGGUAGAUCUUCCAUGGAAGAUUUGGGAGAAGAUAUGAACAAGACUCACAUAGGAUUGAAAAAAGAAACAGCAUGGAUGAGAGCAAAGAGAUGAGAAGUCGAAGGAGAUGAAUGGUUUUCCAAAGAAUUGCAUUGCACCACCCUCCAUAUGAAAGAUCUCUAAGACACCAAUAACAAGAGAAAUUCAAGUUAAAACAACCCGAAGUUUCACUUCAUACCUCUCAAGAUAGGAAAGAUGAUCAAAGACCUUAGUAGUCAAAACUGAAGGGCUGUGGGAAGACAGGCACCUGGAGAGAGUGCAUCGGUAUCAUCAUUAUGGGAGAUAAUUUUUAAUUGUGUGAGAAAAUUCACUAAACUGUUAAUACCUUUUGACUUAGUGAUUGCCCAGGGCCUGGCACACAGAAAGCGCUUAAUUGAUUAAUUUACUACUGAACUUCUGAAGGAGUUCAAAGACAGACAGUCCCCACAUGCACCAAGGUAUUCAGAGCAGCCCUUUUUGUGGUAGCAAGAACCAAGAAAGAAAGCGGGUGUCCAUUAACUGGGGAUGGCAAAAAGGAGCUGUGGGCUUGAUGCUGGGACACCCCCUAGACACAGUGAAGGUUCGGCUGCAGACCCAGAACAGGUACCGGGGUAUCGUGGACUGCGUGAUCAAAACGUACCGCCAGGAGUCAGUCCUGGGCUUCUUUAAGGGAAUGAGCUUCCCCAUCGGUAGCGUGGCCGUGGUCAACUCUGUCCUUUUUGGAACCUACAGCAACUCCCUUCUCCUUCUCAGCUCCACGUCCCACUGGGAGCGAAAGGCCCAGCCCCCCAACUAUGGCCACAUCUUUGUGGCUGGCAGCAUCGGAGGGUUUGUGCAGGCCUACUGCUUGGCUCCUUUUGACCUCAUCAAAGUUCGACUGCAGAACCAGAUGGAGCCCCGGGCUCGGCCGGGAGCGGCCCCACCCCAGUACAGGGGUCCCCUGCACUGUGCCAGGACCAUUCUCCGGGAGGAGGGGCCUCGGGGCUUGUUUCGGGGCGCUUGGGCUCUGGUGUUGAGGGAUACUCCGACUCUGGGCCUCUAUUUUCUCACUUAUGAGGGUCUCAGUUGGUGGCUUACUUCAGACAGUAAGGAACCUGGCUCAGCUACAAUGCUGGUGGCUGGGGGCUUUGCAGGGAUAAUAUCCUGGACCGUAGCCACUCCUUUGGAUGUGGUCAAGUCACGGAUGCAAAUGGAUGGGCUUAAGCAUCGAGAGUACCGGGGGCUGCUAGAUUGCAUGGUGAGCAGUGUCCGGCAAGAAGGGCCAGGUGUCUUCUUCCGGGGCUUGACCCUCAACAGUGCCCGGGCUUUUCCUGUCAAUGCUGUAACCUUCUUCAGCUAUGAGCAUCUCCUCCGGUUCCUGAGCUGAGCCUUCUGGGUGGUGUCAGCAGCUCCCCCAGCAAGUUCUAACUCUGAGAGACUGAAUCCCAGUUUGGUACCCAAAUGGUGGAAGAAGGUGGCCAGCCAAUCUGCCUCCACUACCUAAACUGGGCAAAAUGACUUCUUCUUUGGGUGGCAGGAGUUGGGUUUCAACUGGCCUGGAUAAAAGCGACCCAUUGAGAACGGGAUGGAGGGGAACACAGACAAGCAUAAAGGACAACAAACAACAGACUGCUUUGGGCCUCAGUUUCCUUAUCUGUACAAUGGGGGUGGGGAUGGGUGACCCACAUGGCCUCUGGGGGCCCUUCUAGUUCUAGAUGAGGUUCCUGAGAAAAGGAGGUGAUGCAUGCUUACUUGGGUGUAUGAUCUGGGUCUGACCUCCUCCUCACAUCCCAAUGCCUCCCCUAGGACUUAAGAA